AUGACCGGUGCCACCUCCCGCAGAGGUGAGGACCAGCCAUGGUGUGCUGACCGGAACCGCGGCGCAGUGUCCACGGAGAAGACUGACCGGCAGGGAAUAUGCCGACUGGAACUACAGGCUCUCGUCGUAGACACGCGCCGUCAGCCUGCUGAACAGGCUGGCAGGACGAUGACCGCUACCACCUCCCGCAGAGGUGAGCACCAGCCAUGGGGUGCUGACCGAACCGCGCCGCAGUGCCCGCUGAGAAGACUGAUCGGCAGGGAAUGUGCAGACUGGAACCACGGGCUCACCCCG